CUCUCUUCUGCUUAGUCUAGUAUUAUUUUGAUCUUCAAAGAACUCCGACACCUUUGUAUCUCUGAUCAUAUAGGCUUGGAUAUCAGCAGCCAAUGAUUGAGUAUAACUGGGUUUAUCUCUGGCUACAUUUGAGACGCCUUGUCACCCAUUUGAAGUCUCUAAAAUCCUAAAAGUGCUAUCUUAUUAGUCUUUAAUCUUUGCAGCAAUAAUUUAAAACAAUUUUCAGGAGAAGUCUCCACAAGGUUAUGUUCCCAGGUAAGUUCUAAGCUCAGCUACUCCCUUAAUGGGUCCAUCUAGCUGUCUCUGAGAAAGAUUAGAAUACUUAGCAUAGCACCUUGCUAGCGGCUGAUUAUAACAUAUGGAGAAGGAUAAUUUUCUCGGUUUGAAGCUUCUAUUUCAUGCCAAAUCCUUGCUAUCUUUGGGGACCACAAUGAUAGACUCUCCCAGAGUCAUUAUAGUCCUAAUGAGCCUUCCUAUGCUCACGCUGCUUCAAUUUUUCUGUCCUUUUCGGAGUCAGAGGUUUGAUUAUGUAUGAAUUUUCUUAGAUAAGUGAAGACAGUUCAGCUGAACUCUUCUAAUUUUUGUUCAACCUGAGAGUGGACCAAUUGAAAAAGUCUGAAGUGUCGAGCAUCCCAAGUAUCCCUUUGGGAUGGGAGGGUCUUUCUCCUGAGUAGAUAAGAAAGCAUCAGAGUAAUCAUAAUAAUCAGAUUUCAUGAAGAUAGACUCAUCCAGAAGAAGAGAAGUCUUCCUUUGAAUAUUUUGCUCAAUUUUGUAGAAAAUUCAGACUUCCAGAAGAGGCUUCAGAAAUACAAGGCUGCAUAUUGGUUCUCCUUGAAAUAUAUGAAUAACGAUAAUUCAGAGGUGAAUUAUUCUAAAAUUUAGUAACAAAUUCUCUAUAAAAAUGGCAAGUCUUCACAAAAAAUAAGAACUUAUGGGUAUUUAGUGGCCACAACGCCAAAAUUAUCAGCAACAUUGCAUCUGAAGGCUGGUCUGCUUUUCAAAGAAAUUUUGGGACCUUAAUGAGGUGAGGGGGAUAUAAAGUUUAUUCAUUUCCGGCUGAUUCUGCAUGCAUUUCUCCCUAAAUACCAAACUUAACUAAUAAAGAGUAGGCUCAUAAGUGCAUGCUGAGGGUUUCAUUUAUAUGUCGUAAGCAGAGCAUUCGAGAGGCCUUCCAUCUUUGUAUAAUA